GCGAGCGCGCUGCGCGGGCCCUGUGCGCCGUGGCGACGAGGCCGCGGCAGGGCGCGAGCGCCGCAGGUGACCCGGGCCGGGAGCUGGGCGCGCGGGCGGCGGCGGCGGCAGAGGCGCUGCAGGCUGGAGGAGGCGGGCCGCCGCUCGGCUCCGCUCACGGCCUGGGGCGAGCCGAGGCGGGCCGAAGGGCUUGGGACACCCACUGGACGGCUGCCGGCGUCCCCGGGCCCUCAGCAUGCUCCUCGAGGCGAGGGUUUCCCUCCCGCCCGUGGGCUGAGGCGGCGUUCUUCGCCGCUGCACCAACGAGAUGCACCUGUCGGGUGCGGCUUAAAAGACGCAGCAGGCGGGAAGUGCGGGCCGCCAUCCGGAGGGCUUUCGUCGUCCGGCAGCCGCCGCUGCCUCCCACCGCCGCGGGCCCGAGCCCGAAGCGUCCGGGUGGGCGCCCCGACAUGGCGGCCCGGAGCGCCCCGAGCUGCCACCUGCGGCUCGAGUGGGUGUACGGCUACCGGGGCCACCAGUGCCGCAACAACCUCUACUACACGGCGGCCAAGGAGAUCGUGUACUUCGUGGCGGGGGUCGGCGUGGUGUACAGCCCGCGGGAGCACCGGCAGAAGUUCUACCGGGGCCACAGCGACGACAUCAUCAGCCUUGCACUGCAUCCUGAACGAGUAUUGGUGGCAACGGGACAAGUUGGGAAAGAGCCUUACAUCUGUGUUUGGGAUUCGUACACUGUGCAGACUGUAUCAGUCCUAAAAGAUGUUCAUACGCAUGGCAUAGCUUGCUUAGCAUUCGACCUAGAUGGACAGCGUUUGGUUUCGGUUGGACUUGACUCAAAGAAUACAGUUUGUGUUUGGGAUUGGAAAAGGGGAAAAUUGUUAUCUAUGGCUCCUGGUCACACAGAUAGAAUAUUUGAUAUUUCUUGGGAUUUGUACCAGCCAAACAAACUUGUCAGCUGUGGCGUAAAGCACAUCAAGUUCUGGAGUUUGUGUGGAAACGCUCUGACCCCAAAACGAGGUGUCUUUGGCAAGACGGGUGACCUUCAGACAAUAUUGUGCCUGGCCUGUGCAAGGGAUGAGUUAACGUAUUCUGGUGCGCUCAACGGAGACAUCUAUGUUUGGAAAGGAAUCAAUCUUACGCGGACAAUACAAGGAGCCCAUACUGCAGGCAUUUUUAGCAUGAAUGCUUGUGAGGAAGGCUUUGCUACUGGUGGCAGAGAUGGCUGCAUCCGUCUUUGGGAUUUAACUUUUAAACCUAUUACUGUGAUUGAUCUCAGGGAAACAGACCAGGGAUACAAAGGUUUGUCAGUGAGGAGUGUUUGUUGGCGAGGUGACCACAUCCUAGUUGGAACGCAGGACAGUGAAAUUUUUGAGAUUGUGGUACAUGAAAGAAAUAAACCUUUCCUGAUUAUGCAAGGGCACUGUGAAGGUGAACUUUGGGCACUUGCUGUCCAUCCUACUAAACCUCUGGCCGUGACUGGAAGUGACGAUCGCUCCGUCAGGAUUUGGAGCUUGGUAGACCAUGCAUUAAUAGCCAGGUGUAAUAUGGAAGAACCGAUUCGUUGUGCCGCUGUCAAUGUGGAUGGGAUCCAUCUUGCCCUUGGAAUGAAGGAUGGCUCAUUCACAGUGCUCAGAGUAAGAGAUAUGACAGAAGUUGUACAUGUUAAAGACAGAAAAGAGGCCAUUCAUGAGUUGAAAUAUUCACCUGACGGGACUUACCUUGCUGUCGGGUGCAAUGACAGCUCGGUCGACGUCUACGGGGUUGCUCAGCGCUACAAGAAAGUGGGGGAAUGCGCCGGCUCACUGAGCCUGAUCACCCACAUGGACUGGUCCUCAGACAGCAGAUAUCUACAGACGAAUGACGGAGCCGGGAAAAGGCUUUUUUAUAGGAUGCCAGGUGGAAAGGAAGUGUCUAGUAAAGAAGAAAUCAAAGGUGUCCACUGGGCUUCGUGGACAUGUGUUUCUGGCCUUGAAGUGAAUGGAAUUUGGCCCAAGUAUUCAGAUCUCAACGAUAUAAAUUCAGUAGAUGGAAAUUAUAUUGGUCAAGUUUUAGUUACAGCUGAUGACUAUGGAAUAGUGAAGUUAUUUCGAUAUCCAUGUUUAAGAAAAGGGGCCAAGUUCAGAAAAUACAGUGGCCAUUCCGCUCAUGUGACUAACGUCAGGUGGUCACAUGACUAUCAGUGGGUUAUUUCUAUUGGUGGAGCAGAUCACUCUGUUUUUCAAUGGAAGUUUAUUCCUGAAAGAAAAUUGAAAGAGGCUCUUCACAUCGCACCCCAAGAGAGCCUGGCUGAUUCCAACAGUGAUGAGUCGGAUUCCGAUCUGUCUGAUGUUCCAGAGCUGGAUUCUGAGAUAGAACAGGAGACACAGCUCACCUACCGGCGGCAGGUUUACAAAGAAGAUCUACCUCAGCUUAAGGAGCAGUGCAAAGAGAAACAGAGGAGUAUGACUUCCAAAAGGAGAGAGCGGGCGCCAGGGAACAGCAUCCGGUUACACUUUGUCCAUGGUUACAGAGGUUAUGACUGUCGAAGUAAUCUGUUUUAUACCCAAAUCGGCGAGAUUGUGUACCAUGUGGCAGCAGUGGGUGUUGUUUAUAACCGGCAGCAGAACACACAGCGCUUCUACCUGGGGCAUGACGACGACAUUCUCUGUCUGGCUAUUCACCCUCUCAAAGACUAUGUGGCCACAGGCCAGGUAGGUAGGGAUCCCUCAAUCCACAUAUGGGAUACGGAGACCAUUAAGCCAUUGUCAGUCCUAAAGGGCUACCACCAGUAUGGGGUCUGUGCUGUGGACUUCUCGGCGGAUGGCAAACGAUUGGCUUCAGUUGGAAUAGAUGAUAGCCACACUGUCGUGCUGUGGGAUUGGAAGAAAGGAGAGAAGCUUUCCUUAGCAAGAGGAAGUAAAGACAAAAUUUUUGUUGUGAAGAUGAAUCCUUAUGUGCCUGAUAAGCUGAUUACAGCUGGAAUUAAACAUUUGAAAUUUUGGCGAAGAGCAGGGGGAGGACUGAUUGGAAGAAAAGGCUACACAGGCGCACUGGGGAAACACGACACAAUGAUGUGUGCUGUGUACGGAGGGACCGAAGAGAUGGCUUUUUCUGGAACAUCGACCGGGGACGUGUGUAUCUGGAGAGACGUCUUUCUUGUAAAAACAGUCAAAGCACACGAUGGGCCCGUGUUCAGUAUGCACGCCCUGGAAAAGGGAUUUGUAACUGGAGGGAAAGAUGGCGUAGUAGCUCUCUGGGAUGAUACCUUUGAGAGAUGCCUCAAGACGUACGCUAUAAAAAGAGCUGCCUUGGCCCCAGGAUCCAAAGGUCUUCUCUUGGAGGAUAACCCAUCUAUACGUGCCAUAUCUCUAGGACAUGGUCAUAUCCUAGUUGGCACAAAGAACGGAGAAAUACUAGAAGUGGAUAAAAGUGGUCCAAUAACGCUUCUGGUUCAGGGACACAUGGAAGGUGAGGUGUGGGGUUUGGCUACACAUCCUUAUCUGCCCAUCUGUGCUACUGUGAGUGAUGAUAAAACCUUAAGGAUAUGGGACCUCUCGCCUAGUCACUGUAUGUUGGCUGUCCGGAAACUGAAAAAGGGCGGGAGGUGUUGCUGCUUUUCUCCUGACGGCAAAGCCUUGGCCGUGGGGCUCAACGAUGGCAGCUUCCUGCUGGCAAAUGCGGACACUCUGGAAGAUCUGGUGUCAUUUCACCACAGAAAAGAUAUGAUCUCAGAUAUUCGGUUUUCGCCCGGUUCUGGGAAAUACUUGGCGGUGGCCUCCCAUGACAGCUUCAUAGACAUCUACAAUGUCACGAGCAGUAAGCGGGUAGGGAUCUGCAAAGGCGCCACCAGUCACAUAACCCACAUGGACUGGGAUGCCAGAGGAAAGCUUUUACAGGUCAACACUGGUGCUAAAGAGCAGAUAUUCUUUGAAGCUCCCAGAGGGAAAAAACAAAAUAUCCCCAGCGUGGAGGUAGAAAAAAUUGGUUGGGCAUCAUGGACAAGUGUCCUUGGUGUGUGCUGCGAGGGAAUUUGGCCAGUCAUCGGAGAAGUCACAGAUAUAACUGCCUCCUGCCUCACCAGUGACAAAGUGGUCCUAGCCACUGGUGAUGACUUGGGAUUUGUGAAGCUAUUUAGAUAUCCUGCUAAAGGAAAAUUUGGAAAGUAUAAGAGAUACAUAGCCCAUAGUACGCAUGUCACGAAUGUUCGCUGGACCUACGAUGACAGCAUGCUGGUGACUCUAGGAGGGGCAGACAUGGCUUUGAUGGUCUGGACCAACGAAACAGAAGGCUCCCGGGAGAAGAGGCCUGGGGACAGCGAGGAGUCCGAUGUGGAUUCUGAGGAAGAUGGGGGUUAUGACAGUGACGUCACAAGAGAGAAUGAAAUCAGUUACACCGUCAGAGCCUUAUCAACAAACAUUCGCCCGAUGUUUGGAAUCAAGCCUCAUUUGCAGCAGAAAGAACCUUCAGUCGAUGAGAGGCCGCCUGUGAGCAGGGCUCCGCCACAGCCCGAGAAGCUGCAGAGCAACAACGUGGGCAAGAAAAAGAGACCCAUCGAGGACCUUGUGCUGGAGCUGGUUUUUGGGUACCGGGGCAGAGACUGCAGGAAUAACGUGCACUAUUUGAAUGAUGGUGACGACAUCAUUUACCACACGGCAUCCGUGGGGAUCCUGCACAAUGUGGCUACAGGAACUCAGAGUUUUUAUCAAGAACAUAAUGAUGAUAUUCUGUGCCUCACUGUAAAUCAGCAUCCCAAAUUUACCAACGUUGUGGCAACUGGCCAAGUAGGUGAUUCAGCAGAUAUGUCAGCUACCGCCCCUUCUAUUCACGUCUGGGAUGCAAUGAACAAGCAGACUUUAUCUAUACUAAGAUGCUACCACUCCACGGGGGUAUGUUCGGUCAGUUUCAGUGCUACUGGCAAACUCUUGCUGUCCGUGGGACUAGACCCAGACCACACCAUUACUAUUUGGAGAUGGCAAGAAGGUGCCAGGAUUGCCAGCAGAGCGGGACACAAUCAGCGCAUUUUCGUGGCUGAAUUCCGACCGGAUUCAGACACGCAGUUUGUCUCUGUGGGAGUGAAACACGUGAAGUUCUGGACCCUGGCAGGAAGGGCUCUCCUCAGCAAAAAGGGGCUCCUGAGCACGCUGGAGGAUGCCCGCAUGCAGACCAUGCUCGCCGUGGCGUUUGGUGCAAAUAACUUGACGUUUACAGGUACCAUCAGUGGGGAUGUCUGUGUGUGGAAAGAUCACACGCUGUGCAGAGUUGUGGCCAGAGCGCACAACGGGCCCGUGUUUGCCAUGUACACCACGCUGCGGGAUGGACUGAUUGUCACGGGUGGCAAGGAAAGGCCGUCCAAAGAAGGAGGUGCGGUGAAGCUGUGGGACCAGGAGCUGAGGCGGUGCCGCGCCUUCCGCCUGGAGACGGGCCACAGCACAGACUGCGUGCGCGCCGUGUGCAGAGGCAAAGGCAAGAUACUGGUUGGGACCCGGAAUGCUGAGAUCAUUGAAGUUGGGGAGAAGAAUGCAGCCUGUAACGUGCUGGUGAACAGUCACAUGGAGGGGCCCAUCUGGGGACUAGCAACACAUCCUUCCAAGGAUUUCUUCCUUUCUGCUGCCGAAGAUGGGACAGUGAGGCUCUGGGAUAUUGCCGAUAAAAAGAUGUUAAACAAGGUGAAUUUGGGACAUGCUGCGCGCACUGUGUGUUACAGCCCUGAAGGGGACAUGGUGGCUAUUGGGAUGAAAAACGGAGAAUUUAUUAUUUUAUUGGUGAGCUCCCUGAAAAUAUGGGGAAAGAAGAGAGACAGGCGGAGUGCAAUCCAUGAUAUCAGGUUCAGCCCAGACUCCCGGCACCUGGCGGUGGGUUCUGGGGAGAACUCCGUGGACUUCUACGACCUCACUCUGGGCCCGGCUCUGAACAGAAUCAGCUACUGCAAAGACAUCCCGAGCUUCGUCCUUCAGAUGGACUUCUCAGCGGAUGGCUCGUACCUCCAGGUCUCCAGUGGUUGCUACAAACGGCAUGUCUACGAAGUGCCUUCAGGGAAGCCUCUUCUGGAUCCUGCGGCUGUUGACCGGAUUACGUGGGCCACCUGGACCAGUACCUUAGGUGACGAAGUGAUGGGAAUCUGGUCCAGACACACCGAGAAGGGUGACGUCACCUGUGCCUGUGUGUCGCAUUCGGGAAUCAGCCUUGUAACAGGGGAUGACUUCGGCAUGGUGAAGUUAUUUGACUUCCCAUGUCCAGAAAAGUUUGCAAAGCACAAACGAUUCUUGGGACAUUCACCCCAUGUGACAAAUAUUCGGUUUACCAGUGGGGACCGACAUGUCAUCAGUGCUGGGGGCGAGGACUGCAGUGUAUUUGUCUGGAAGUGCGUACAUACCAGUCACUGAAAGAUCUGGAUGCUGAGAUGACCAAGUGGAGUGACACCACCGAGAUCAGACUUAAACACCCAAAACCAAAACCCG